GGUAAUUAAAUUGAGUGAAAUCUUACCUACCUUAAGUUUAAAAAAAAAAACUCAGGUAGCCUAAUACCUUUAGCCUGUAGUGCAAGUAAAAUAGUCACUAAGGAAAUAAGGCAAAGCAGGAGGAGUUAGGCUUAGAUGUAUGGGGCCAAGUAAACAUAUUAUGGCAAGAAGUUCAUUCCCAGUGGGAAAAUUGCAAUGAAACAAUUUCCGGGUGCAGCGUUUUGUACACACUCAGAAGGGUCCAGCUGAUGGACAGUAAUGUUAACAGAAGAAGACCAGGAAGAAUAAAUGCACAUGUAUUAACUGAAUUCUUCUUUACCUAAGGUUAAAAAAAGAAAAGAAAAACCCUCACAGCUGUGCCCCUGAGAUUUUUCCUCUUGCCAUCCUAAUCCAAAUCAAGGUCAACUGGGCCUGCUCAGCAUUUUUAUACAUGCCACACAGCAUGAUAGGAUAUUAAUUGCUUAAUUUUAUCAUGCAGUACACCUGUACGGAAGCAUUUGCAUUCAUUAUGUUUCUCCACUCAUUUAUUCAGAUUUUUCCUUUAAUUAGUCACCCGUUUAUAUAUAGUCAAUAUAAUACAUUUCAAUUUAUUGAAUUGCCUAAUGUUGCAAAGUAGUUUUUUUAAAUGUUGUUUUUUUCCCUCUGAGCUGAAAUACCAUCGCAAUGCAAAUACGAAGAGUAGGGAAGGUGGUCCUUAGCGUGGAGCAGUCAGAAGGUGUGGGAGCAAGAGUGCGUAGGAGCAUUGGCAGAGAACAGCUGAGAAAUUUAGACCCAUUUUUGUUGUUAGAUGAGUUUAAAGUCAUCAAGCCAGGAGGAUUUCCUGACCACCCACACAGAGGCUUUGAAACCGUUACGUACCUUUUACAAGGAUGUUCAGCCCAUGAAGACUUCUGUGGCCACAGUGGAAAACUUCAUCCUGGAGAUCUGCAGUGGAUGACAGCGGGCCGGGGGGUGGUCCAUGCAGAAAUGCCUGUGUCUGAUGAGCCCAUGCAUGGCAUACAGCUGUGGGUGAACCUGAGGGCAUCAGAGAAGUUGGUGGAGCCCCAGUACCAGGAACUGAAGAGCCAGGAGGUCCCCAAACCCAGCCGGAGUGGAGUCACUGUGGCUGUCAUUUCCGGCGAAGCUCUGGGAGUGAAGUCAAACAUCUACACAAGAACUCCAACAAUCUACCUUGAUUUUAAACUGGAGCAAGGAGCAAAGCACAUUCAACCAGUUCCUUUGGGAUGGACCACAAUCAUGUACACGCUCUCAGGAUCUGUUCAUGUUGGCCCUGAUGAUGAGGAGAAAAUAAUAGAACCGCAUCACACAGUGGUUUUUAAUGAUGGAGACCAUGUGAAAUUUGAAAAUAAGACAUCUGAGGUAUCCCACUUUGUCCUGAUUGCUGGAGAGCCAAUCAAUGAGCCAGUUUUUCGACAUGGUCCUUUUGUUAUGAACACAGAAGAUGAAAUCAACCAAGCAAUCAAUGACUAUAGAUCUGGGACCAAUGGAUUUGAGAGGGCCAAGACAUGGCAAUCCACCAUUCGCUAUUCCUGAAUGCCCAGGAAGUUACGAAUAUUUGUAAGAGCGCCUCUGCGUCUGCAUCGGAGCCUUGGUUUGCAUCUCCUGCUGAGCGAAGCCACGCCUCUCCGACUGAUCCCAGUACAGGACGCUUCCAGGAGACCGCAGCAGUGAUGAAGACACGCUCUCUCAUGGUGGUGCAACUGCUGGUGGCUUACUGCGCAAAGCUGCUGGCGCAGGAGGACCGCGGCUCUCACAGAGUAAGAGAUCGCGCUCGCAUGCCUGGCUUCACUCGACCCUGACCACUUUAUAGCAACUUACACUGUUAAACGUGUUUGAGUCUCUCUGUCUUAGAUACUAGGAUUAUAUAUUUCAGCUCUGUUAUCAGACUAGGAAUCUGCUAUAUUUGUUUGCUAAUUAGAGGAAUUACAGAAAACAGAAUUAUCCCACAAUGAAAUAUGUGUUUUUGUUUUGCAUUUUGUAUAGAGUAAUGUCUUUUUUUGUAAAUCAUGUUGUAGUCUUAAAUAUUAGGAGGAUAUAUUUCAGAAACCGUAAAAGACUAUUUCAGUUACAUUUCAGACUAGAAAUGUGAUAUACUGUAUGUCUGAUAAUAGAAGAAACGGCAUUGAGUCAGAAUGAAAAACUUGACCAUAUCUGAAAUUAAACUGAUCCUCACAGCAGUCCGAAGUAUCCUGUGGCUUAAAGGCAUUUAACUAUCACUUGACAAUAUCAUAACGAUGAAAUCUCAUAGAAAGCAGUACGCAUAAUGUUUCAAAAGUUUCUAUUUGAAUUCCUGUUAUUGUUUUCUCUUUCCUUCAUGUCACCUGCGGUCUGUGUGUAUCUAGUAUAAUUGGUGGCAGUAAAAUUGUGCCUUAAGCAGCUAAAGGGAAUAUCAUAAGCUGUUUAUGAUGUGGAAAUACUCAAGUUAAAUUUAUGUUGGUACUUAAAUACCAAUGAGUAAAAUACCACCAGGUUCAGAUUUUAGUUCCACAGGUCAGGAAUAUUUGAGGAAAUAAAUAAGUGGCAGCAGGAUUUCCCCUGUGAAUUUGUCACAGAUAUUAGUGGUUAAAUAAUUCAGCCUCUGUCAGCUUUUGUGUUGUUGCUGUUUCUUAUGUAAUUGUUGCAAAUUAAUUAAAAAAGAAAGCACACUUUGGAGCUGGUUCCCAGAAAAUAUGACAUCUUAGGGUUUCUGUUAAUAGAGCAUAAUGCAGCAGAGCUCAGCGAGGCCGUGAGUGAAUGUGCGUGAGAGCGCCCUGAGGUAGCGGAGCUUUUGAAGUUCAUACACAUCCAGUCCCUCCCCUCCCCUCCCCUCCCCCCACCCAUUCGCCUGUGGCCCCUGCUUCUCAUUAGCUCCUGGUUUUUCCCUGCCUUAAAUUGCAAUUGGAAAACUCCCUGACUCCCCCCCCUCCCUUUUCUGCUGCCUUUGUCUGGUUUAAGUGGAAGCAGCCCGUCUCAGCCUUAAACAUGCUGAAUGGAUCAAAGUGCUCGUGUUGCGACACGGGCUGAGGGGAAAUCGCCCAAACAGAGCUGUGCGUCAGCGGCCCAGUUUUCAUAUCGCAUGACAGCCCUUCCUGUCCCAGGCUUCGGCAGUUUGACUUUUCCAUCCUUUCUGUGGGUUUCCCAUCUCGUAAAACGAUGGCUGGAUUCACCUCUGCUCUCCUUUCCUCUUUCUUUCUUUCUCUUGUUCUUUCUUUUAACCUACAACCUUUGCAGUUACUGUCAAUCAAACAAAUGGUUAAACGAAACAAAUAUUUUAAAAUCGGAUCCAAAGUGCAAUGCAGUAAAUAGCUUGUGAUGCUAUUUGGUUAAUAUUAAUAAAACACCCAGAAUGUCUGGUAAUUUGCAUCCAAGUUUUGUGGAAGGCAUGGCUCUGCUUAUUUGAGAGAUACAAACAAGGCCACUAUUUGUAUAGUUUCUUUUACUUUAGUGAUGAAGGAACUUAAUCAGCAUGGCAUGUUUUACAAGCUCAAAAAGUGUUGAGAAGCUGCCCAGCCAGAGCACCUUUGCCUGAUUGGCUGACACUGCCAAGGGCAGUAAAUCUAGAAAAAGAAAGAGAGCAGCACACUUUCCCCAGCCCUUCCUGUGCCGGCUCUCCCAGCAUUAGCCCGAGACGGCUCUCCACAGUAGCUCA